AUGUGGGAUCUAAACGACUCACCACACCAGACACUUCUUGAACAAGUUCAAGAAUCUGAAGAGUUGUGUUAUUCUUCACCGGGUAAACGGGUCGGAUCUUUCUCGAACUCAAGUUCAUCUGCUGUAGUCAUCGAAGAUGGAUCCGAUGAUGAUGAGCCUAACCGGGUCAGACCCAACAACCCACUUAUCACCCAUCAAUUCUUUCCAGAGAUGGAAACUAGCGUAGGAGAUGAUGGUGGUGGUGGUCCCGGGUCGGGCUUUCCUCGGGCUCACUGGUUUGGUGUAAAGUUUUGUCAGUCCGAUCUAGCCACCGGAUCAUCGGCGGGUAAACCCGCCACUGUCGCCGCCGUGGUGGAGCCGGCGCAGCCGUUGAAAAAGAGCCGGCGUGGACCACGGUCAAGGAGUUCUCAGUAUAGAGGCGUUACGUUUUACCGGCGAACCGGAAGAUGGGAAUCUCAUAUUUGGGACUGUGGGAAACAGGUUUACUUAGGUGGAUUUGACACUGCUCAUGCAGCUGCUCGAGCAUAUGAUCGAGCUGCUAUUAAAUUUCGUGGAGUAGAAGCUGAUAUCAACUUUACCAUUGAAGAUUAUGAUGAUGACUUGAAGCAGAUGACAAAUUUAACAAAGGAAGAGUUCGUGCACGUACUUCGCCGACAAAGCACAGGCUUCCCUCGGGGAAGUUCAAAGUAUAGAGGUGUCACUUUGCAUAAGUGUGGUCGUUGGGAAGCUCGAAUGGGUCAAUUCUUAGGCAAAAAGUAUGUUUAUUUGGGUUUGUUCGACACCGAGGUUGAAGCUGCUAGGGCUUACGAUAAAGCUGCAAUCAAAUGUAAUGGCAAAGACGCUGUGACUAAUUUUGAUCCAAGCAUAUACGACGACGAAUUGAAUGCCGACUCAUCAGGGAAUCCUAUUCAACAAGAUCAUAACCUCGAUUUGAGUUUGGGAAACUCGGUUAAUUCGAAGCAAAAGGGUCAAGAUAUGCGGCUCAAGAUGAACCAACAAGAUUCUCUUCACCCUAAUGAGAUUCUUGGAUUAGGUCAAUCCGGAAUGGUUAAUCAUAUCCCAACUUCAAAUCUCCAAUUUUCGGGCAGCAACAACAUUGGCGGCGGAGGAGGAUUCUCGCUGUUUCCGGUGGCUGAGAACCACCGGUUUGAUGGUCGCACCACGACGAACCAAGUGUUGGCAAAUGCUGCAGCAUCAUCAGGAUUCUCUCCUCAUCAUCACAAUCAGAUUUUUAACUCCACUUCUACUUCUCAUCAAAAUUGGCUGCAGAGCAAUGGCUUCCAACCUCCUCUCAUGAGACCUUCUUGAAUCUCUAAUAUUUUUAUCUUUUUAUAUAUGUGAAACAAAUUCGGGGAAAAUGAACCUUUAAAAGCACCCCUAUGGUCUUGGUCAUUAAAUUAAUUAUCGGCUUUUCGUGUGUGAUUUUCUCUUAAAAUGUCUUGUUAAUUAAGCCAAGCAAAUUUCUCAGAAAACUUUCCUAGAAAACUUUGGAGUAAACUUUUCCUCCAUCGGGUAAUAUUUUAUAUGGAUACACACAUAAUCGUUGGAUAAUAUGGGAAAUUGGGCAAGUGUUUGUUUUGAGAUGUUCUGACUAAAAAGGUUGUGAGGAGAUUUGUCAAUGUGUUGUCUUUUGUUGUUUCCUCUCGAUACAUCAUUUAUUAAAGAUUUUAAAACCUUACUGCUUUAUAUGUUACCUGCACCUAUCUACA